CUUCUGUCUUCCCCCUUUGACUGGCAGAGACUCUGAGGGCCAGGUUGUCCCCACGCUACCCAGAUCCCGUCUCACUGUCUGUCUCUCACAGAGGAAAGAUGGCCAGAACACAGAAAGGUAGUAAGGCCCGGCACUAGACGGUGAAGGGCAGGGUCCCCGUCCACUGUCUUGGAUGGCUUUGGUACCAGUAAGAUAGGAUUCUCCUCCUUAGUUGUGUCCCUCUGCAUGGCCACUUCAGAGACCAUGCCCUGCUCAGGUAGGAGUCCCAAUUGUCCUCACCUCUUCCCUCUCCUUUACCCACACAUCCAAUCUUUAAACAUGUGUGAGCCUGGCCUCCAGCAGCUGAGUCAUUGCUCCAGUCCCUUUAAACAGGUCUUACGAUACAGUUCCUUCUGGUGCUGUAGAAUUGGGAUGUGGCCGUCUGCUUGUGCCUCAGAUAGAACCCAGAGUCAAAGCCAUUCCAGACAGAACCUCUGCCACUGAACUAUAUGCCUUGCCCACGUUUUCUGGAGGUAUAUUUAGCACUGGCUGGCCUUGGACUGGAGAUCCUCCUGCACCUACCUCCCAGGUCUAACAAGCACGCACUAUAAUACCUGCUACUGUUUGUUGUCUGACGAGCAUGAACCAGGUCCUAGGACCUCAGCCACGAACAGAACAAACAUGGUCCCUAACUGUCUCCCCAACACUAGUGGGGAGACAGACCCUAAACAGGAUGCAGGAAUGGACACACAGUACACCAUAAAGGGCAUUGUACAAAAUUCCAGAGCAUCUCAACCAGAGCUGGGGACCGAACCCAGGGCCUUGCGCUUGCUAGGCAAGCCCUCUACCACUGAGCUAAAUCCCCAACUCCCUGAGACCUUUUUUGAUGCACAUAAAUUAGCGUCGGAUAUUUUUAAAGUGUGUUAAAACUCAGGCUUUUGCGCCCCCUGGCGGCUGCUCCCGUGAACUGCAGUGGCGCCUUCGCGCCUGAUCUUCCUACUCGAGGGCGCGGUCAGGAAGCUGCGCCCGCCGGUAGUGCGCCUAGAAGCUUCUUGGGCGACCAGGCCAGAUGUGGACAGAUUGGUCUCUGCUUUUGAGGUUCUCUACAGAAUGUGAGCACCACCUCGAGUUGCCCGAGGCUCUACAUAUUUGCAGGAGAUUCUGCCCCACCCCCGACUUGUUCCCGCGGGAAGAAGAGAGGCGGGAUGCAGAAGGCUCAGGUCCUGCGGGCUUCAAGCAGUAGCUCCUGAGUGCUGUCACUCGGCCACUCCCGGGUCCCGCCUACCUUCCCGCCACCGGGGCGGGGACAGACAGGUGCCGCCACAGACUCCUGAAUCCACCGAGCAGGCAGACCCUCCGUGACCCUAGGUGAGUGGCUGUGGAGCAUGGGCAGGGGGCGUCGGUCAGGGGACAGCGGGUGACCUGUGACCUUUCCCCUAGUUCCCGCCAGGAGGGCGGCUGGGAUAAGUGGAACAGCUGCGGGCUCUGAGCCGCCCUUGUGCUCCCAGUCCGGGCCUGCUUGGCCUUGGAUGCUACCCUAUACACCUGUAUCCACCUGCCCAGCUUCAGCAACCUGGCUUGGGUGCACAAGGUCGCACCAGUCUGGGCAUGGCUCUCCUCCAAAGUUUGGCUAGUGUGGGAGGCCGGAUGCCCUUCCUAGCCCGCAGGGAGGGGAGGAAGGAAGGGAGCCUUGAGACCUCCUCCCUCCCACCCAGAGACCUGGGCCACCAAACCAUGACAUACCCGGUCCCUUUCAACGGUGGGACCUCCUAGGAGGCUCAGAGAAGAAGAGCAAGUGACCCGAGGUCCUACAGCUUGGGGGCACAGGCCUGGAUGGCAGACAACUCUCUCUGAGAUCAGGGUGGGCAGGAUGCCACUGCCACCAACCUGCUUUCUGGGUGUGUGGUUGCCCAGACAAGUCUUUGCAAAGGGAACUUGAAUUGGCAUGAGUUGGGGGCCGUAGGUGAAAACCGCCAUCCUACUUGGAUGUGAGAGGGCCCAGGCAGCCCCCAAACCUACACCUUCUCUUGGUCUCUUCCUCUGCCUCAGCCUCUCCUGUCCCCUCUGUUCUAGCAUUUUUCCUUCAGCCUACUUUGGGGUCUGUUGGCUCUCUGGUUCCCAGUGCCCUGUCCCGCACCCAUCAGUCACUCUUCCACAUUUCUUCACCCCCUUUUCGGCACUCCACUCCCUUCCCUAGGUUGGCUUUGUGGGCCCCUGCUCUGCAGAGCAGGUCCUACCCAGUCCCCAGGGCCACCUGCAAGCCAGGGCCGGCUCUCUCCAGUCUGGGCCCCCUCGGCUCAGUGCCCACCAGCUGCCGCCUAUCUAUGCAGAGAGAGCAUCCAACCAUGGCAUCAGGGUGUAGGGUGGCCCAGUCCCUUGCAAGCCACAUGCUGCCUCCACAUAAGAGAAAAUACCCCCACACAUACCCCAGUUCCUGUGGGAGAACUCUGUCCUGGCUGAUAGACUCAGAUAGGCUCCCUGACUGGCUGGCUUCUGAGGAUCCUGAGAUGAGAGGCUUUGUAUACAGAAGCCAGGAAACUGUUACAGUCCAGGACCAAGGUCAGGCCACACAGGGGAGGAGGCAGCCCAGUGCCACACAAUGGGGCUGUGGGACUGCUGACACUCGGUGUUUGAUGUAAAAGUAACAAAGAGAAUGGCAUGAACUUACUUAGCAUACACAAGACCCUGGCUCUCACCCCUGCACCACACACACACACACACACACACACACACACACACACACACACGGGAACAUCAGAAGGGCCAAGCCUGAACUCAUCCUCUGAUGUCCCUUGUCACCACUUGCUUCUGGACCUUGUCUCAGUCAGAGCCUUUGUCUUGUCUCUCCCGAAGGAGACCCUGGCACCCAGGAAGCAGCUCGGUCUUAGGACCCAUGUCUCUGGCCCACUCUCCCACUUCCUCACUCCUUACUACCUGGCCCCAGAGCCUGAAGUUUUAAGUCAUUUCUCCUCCUCAUUCUUCCCAGGGGCCUGCUGUGUAGUCCCGCCAUGAGCAGCUGUGUGACCUCUGACCACUUCUUUUUCCUCUCUGAGCUUCAGUUUCUUCCUCUGUGAAAUGGAGGUGAACCCAGAACUGCUGAGAGGCACGGACAUAAGGGGUUUAGUACGGGUGGGUCCCAAGCAGCCAUGACGGCUGCCGUCUGUCAGGACCAUAACAUGCAAUGGCUGUACCCUGCUCCCUGUCACAGUCCUCACUGCAGCCAUCAAGACUGGACUCCCUUUACCUAGGAGGGGUCAAUGGGGACACAAUACACACUGUCCUUGAAGGGCCUGGUGACAUCCCCCUUGGCUUCUCUACUGCCCUUAAUCUUAUAGCCACAGCCACACUAGCCCUGAGGCUAAUCUUAGAACAUGGAGAGCGCCCAGCACUCGCUGACCAUCUCUGCCUUCCUUGGACCCUUUCCCCCCAGAUUCUUCUGACACCCACAUUCCCACCUCCCAGUUCUUCUUGGCUCUGCGGUUCUCACCACCUAGACGGCUCUGCCUAUUGGUUUUCUGUUUUCCUUGGUGACGGAACUACUCACAUUCCUGAGAGCAGAGACAAUUGUUCAACUGGGUGUAGGCGCCCAAUAAAGGCAGGUUACAUACCCGAGUGAACAAGAGACACAAGACAAGGCAGAAAAUACAGAUACUGGCCCUUACCUUGUGACCCAGGCCUAUAGUCCCAGCUUCUAGGAAGGCUGAGGCAGGGGGAUCUCUGUCUGAACUACAGAAUGAGAUCACAGUCAGCCUGGACAACUCCGUGAGACUCUUGUCUCCAGAUUAAAAGUAAAAGCUCUCACCUGGCAUGUGUGUGUCCCUGAGACGCACCUCAUCUCAUGCUCAUCUUUUUUUUUUUUUUUUUUUUUUUUGGUUCUAUUUUUCGGAGCUGGGGACCGAACCCAGGGCCUUGCGCUUCCUAGGCAAGCGCUCUACCACUGAGCUAAAUCCCCAGCCCCUCAUGCUCAUCUUUUAAACAUGCCCCCACCAUGCUUGGAGCCUUCACUGCUCUGAGCAACAGUCAGACUUUCCUGCAUGUUGUCCCCUCUGCCUGGGCCAUCCCCUCGCUGUCAGCGGUCAGUGCUAAUUGUUCCUUACAGCGUCUCUAGACUUAAAGAACUGGCUAGAGCAAAAGUGGGGAGUUGGGAUGCAGACCCUGAUGGAACCCUGCCUAUCUCUCCUUUCCCGUGACAGGCCUGGAGGGGAAAUUACUCCUUUAAUUACGGGCUCCCUCUGUUCCCUUUAUCAUUUGCUGCAAUUACGGGCACCCUCUGUUCCCUUUAUCAUUCAAUGAGUCAGGAAGUCAGCAGAGCAGUGACUGACAAGGCUUCUCCUCCUUCGGCCCUGGUGGGUUUCCUGUGUAGGAACCAGGGAAAGAAGCUGACAAAACACCAAAGAUUCCUGGGUGAAGCUUGACCAGGAGAAAGCUCUCUCCACCCCCCUGCAGCCUGACCUGGAGGACAGGAUAUCGUCUGGCCCAGGCUGCCCACAAUGGCCUUCCUGACACACCUGCUGGUCUGCGUCUUUGGCAUGGGCUCCUGGGUGGCCAUCAAUGGGCUCUGGGUGGAGCUGCCCCUGCUGGUGACCAAGUUGCCCGAGGGCUGGUACUUGCCCUCUUACCUAACUGUGGUCAUCCAACUGGCCAACAUAGGCCCCCUCCUAGUCACCCUGAUGCAUCGCUUCCGACCCGGCUGCCUGUCUGAGGUGCCCGUGAUCUUCCUUAUCCUGUGUGUAGGCACAACUGCCUGCAUCCUCCUAGCCUUCCUGUGGAGUAUGACCUCCUGGAUACAGGGUAGACAGCAUAGUGUGGCCUUCAUCGUCCUCACCUUCUUCCUGGCCCUGGUGGAUUGUACUUCCUCUGUCACCUUCUUGCCCUUCAUGAGCCAGCUGCCCACGUACUAUCUUACCACCUUCUUUAUAGGCGAGGGGCUCAGUGGCCUCCUGCCUGCACUGGUGGCCCUUGUCCAAGGCUCAGGUAUCACCACCUGUGUCAAUGUCACGGAGACACCAGGUACCACCUUGAACCCUGUGACCACUAUGGAGACUUCCAUCACUCAGAGAACCCUUAGCCCUUCCCUGACGCCCCUCACCUGGCACCUGGAGAGCCGCUACCUGGCCCCACGCUUCUCGCCACUGCUCUUCUUCUUACUGCUCUCCUUCCUGAUGGGCUGCUGCCUGGUCGCCUUCUUCCUCCUGCAGCGGCAGCCCUGGGGACGGCAAGGCUCCAUAGAGGACCUCCUCCACUCCCAGGUCACCCUGCACUCGAUCAAACCACGUGACACAGAGGACACCGGCUCAGUGGGCGCCCCUGUGAGCAGCCCAGGCAAGGGAUCAGUGGAAGUCAGUGUAGCUUCACUCCGCCCAGCCCAGCUGGCCUUCAUCUACUCCGUGGUAGCCUUUGUCAAUGCGCUCACCAAUGGUGUUCUGCCCUCAGUGCAGACCUACUCCUGCCUGCCUUAUGGGCCUGUUGCCUACCAUCUGUCUGCCACCCUCAGCUCCGUGGCCAGCCCCCUCGCCUGCUUCCUCCCCAUCUUCCUGCCUAACAGGUCGCUGUUAUUCCUGGGGGUGCUCACAGUGUUGGGGACUGGCUUUGGGACCUACAAUAUGGCCAUGGCUGCUAUGAGCCCCUGCCCCAUCCUGCAGGGUCACUGGGGUGGAGAAGUCCUUAUCGUGCUCUCCUGGAUGCUGUUUGUAGCCUGUCUCAGCUAUGUCAAGGUGAUGCUGGGUGUGAUCUUGCGUGAUCGGAGUCGCAGCGCCCUCUUGUGGUGUGGGGCAGCAGUGCAGCUGGGCUCUCUGAUUGGUGCCCUGCUCAUGUUCCCGCUGGUUAAUGUACUGAAACUCUUCUCAUCUGCUGACUACUGCAGCCUGGACUGCUCAGCCUAGGCUCGCCUGGCCACCACAGGACACCAGGUACCCCCAUUGCUGAAGUUAAAAGCCAGAAGAGCCCAGAGACACAAAGGGUAACAACCCUUUGCCCUACUACCCCCACCCCAACCAACCCCAAUCCCACAUGGUCACAGAUCUGGGUUUGGGGAGCAGCAAGGCUAGGCCUGAGCUUUUUAACACAAUGACCUCCUCCCAACCUGGAGUUUCACAGUGCAGCCCCUCCCCCAACCCUGUGACCCAGUGCGUUUGAGCUGCAGUCUUCAUUCUCAGUCUUUGGAGAGAUCCGGUUUGUAGCGAUCAGCUGGAGGCAGCCUAAGGAUGUUAGGGGAAGAUCCCUGGAAGAUUAAGCUGCCCCUUGCUUACUGUGAGACCUUGGGGAAGUCUCUUUACUCUCUAGGCCUCUGCUCAUUAAAGGAGGGCUGUAGUAAACAGCCUUUCGCUUGUAGGCUUAGGCAUCUAACAGGUUCUCCUGAACUCUCUCCUCUGUGGACACACUUCUUAAUACAACCUGGAGGUGAUCAGAGGACUUGUGCAGGACCCUACCUCCAUCCCUCUUCUACAUCCCAAGCCUGUUGGUCCUGGGUCCCAGUACAGCCCUCUGCCUUCCCUGUCUCCUAGGAUGGUGAGACACUGAGAGGAGUUGGGGUGGGGGGGCCUGCAUCUGAGAGUAAUCACGCCUCCCCCCAGACACAUAGUGGCCAGUGAGGACCUCAGAGGGGUGGCUCAGGCAGAAUGAGUUUCAUCUGUAAUUAUUACUUUGUUUUGCAUUUUGUUCCUUUUUAUAAAAAUUAAAGCUGUCUGUGCUUUCA